AUGGCAACUUCGGUCAUUGUGCAGUACACGCGUGCCCCUGAGACCUCUCCCGAGGAGUUCAAGCGGUACAUGGAGGAGAACCACAUACCGCUCAUGAGGGAAGCAUUGGGCAUCCAUUUUCCAGCAUCUUUUCCUCGACGAUACCUCGCACGUGUCGAGUCAGGAGCUGGCGAUCGUCUAGGGCUUCCGAGACACAGCGAUGGAGCAGCACCAGUCUGUCUGGUAGGAACGCCUGAGGAGAUAAAUUUCGAUAUGUGGGGGGAAAUGAUCUUUCGAGAUGAGCUGCACAUGCAGCAGUGUCUUGUAGCAAUGAACAGUGAUGCCGGUCAACUGGUGAAGGACGACGAGGAAAAUUUCACCGCAUCCCAUCUACUAAAGGUCAUACUCGUUGGAGACCGCAUCGAGGGCUAGAGGCAGUAUGGGAGGAAGAAUCAUGGCUAGGAUCCUGGGUUUUCCAAAGCAUUCUCCAAGACCAUUCUCCUUGAGCUUCCUUUCAGUAUCUUUCUACGAUACCACUUCCUUCAAUCCAAGCCCCCACACACUUGCUGUCAAGCAAACCCGCACAUCCAUCUAGAGCAUCUCUUGAGCAAGCCCGAAGUCUCGGCGCAGCAUUUUUUGGCGGCAAUCUCCCCUUACUGCGUACCGCUACUGUAUCCUCAAGGCCUGGUCAUUUCAUGUACCUCUCAAUACGACGACAACAUG